AUGUCUAGUAAAUACAGUGCGCUCCCCGAUAUUGACACUCAACCUGACGUAUACGAGACACCCGACACUGUCGAAGACGCCGAAGUUUCUGACGACGGUGUAAGUGUUUCCACAUAUCAGUUGCUUUUCCCCAGUAUCGAGGAACAGAACGAAGAUAUUGUCAAUGAUAAAAUUACCGUCGGCGAAGCUGUUGAUAAAUUUAAAGACAGCACCGGGGAGGCUGCAGAAACAGAUGCCGAAAGGGCCAUUCUACACAAAAAACAAUUGUAUAAGCAAUAUGUGAAACGACCUUUAGAAUAUGAAAUCCUUCCAAGGGAUCCUGCAUUGCAAGAAACUCCUUUGCAAAAAUUGAGAAGAUUGCAGUAUGAAAUACAGGAGCUCAAUGAAGAAGUAGAAAAAAAGAAGGACGAAGCUUCAAUAAAUACACCUAAUCAUAGGGCAUUAUCGUCGCAAAUAUUGACUAUGCAAGAGGAUCUAUCUCGCAUCAGCCAAUCCUUGGGAGAUUCGGAUCCUAUAGAUGAACAGGAGGGUACAAUAAUAAAACAAGCUGAACUGGGUAAAAAGUUGGUUCAUCAAUUGCAGACUUUCAAAAAUAAUGGUAUGCCUAAGACAAACGGGACAACAAGUGAAACAAACGGAAUUGAUGAAAGCGCUAUAAGGCAUGCUCCUAACGCCGAGGCUGGGAAAAAUGUAAGUUUGACAUUCGGUGUUG